AUGCAAGCAAUCGGCAGCCAUGGCUGCCUCUGCUUCAAGCACUGCCACUCUCUCUCUGAUUCCUUCUCCAAGCUCCUCUCUCCUUCUUCUUCUCCCUCGCUUCUCCCUCAGAGAUGCCAUUCGUUCUGUGCUCCGAAGCUUGGAAGUGGUAGCGGUGAGAAUGGUAGAGGAAGAGGUGUGACAGUGAGAGCCUCAGGAGGAGGAGAAGACGACUCUAACUUUGCUCCGCUUGCUCCUGUUGAGCUGGGAUCUCCUGUGGGACAGCUCUUGGAGCAGAUUCUUAGAACUCAUCCUCAUCUCUUACCCGUUACAGUCGAUGAGCAGCUCGAGAAGAUAGCCACCGAGAAGGAGAAUCUCAAAGCCGAAUUGUCUUCAACACAGGACGUUCUCUCUAAGAGGAUAUCUGAAGUUAGAGAUAAGGAAAGACGGAAAACGUUGGCUGAGAUCAUUUACUGUUUAGUGGUACAUAGGUUUGUGGAGAAAGGAAUCUCUAUGAUCCCUCAGAUUAAACCAACUUCAGACCCAGCAGGACGAGUGGACUUAUGGCCGAACCAAGAAGAGAAGCUCGAAGUCAUUCACUCUGCGGAGGCGUUCGAGAUGAUACAGAGCCACUUGUCUUCGGUUCUUGGAGACAGAACAGCAGUUGGUCCUUUAAGCUCAAUAGUUCAGAUAAGCAAAAUCAAACUCGGGAAACUCUACGCUGCUUCUGUGAUGUACGGCUAUUUCCUCAGAAGGAUAGACCAAAGAUACCAACUCGAGAGAACCAUGAACACGCUUCCGAAACGGCCGGAGAAAACCAGGGAACGAUUCGAAGAACCUUCUCCUCCUUACCCGUUAUGGGACCCGGAUUCCUUGAUCCGGAUCCAGCCAGAGGAGUAUGAUCCUGAUGGCUACGCGAUAGAGAGAAGUGAAGACGAGUCGUCGUCUUAUGGGUUGAGAUCAUACGUUACGUACUUGGACUCAGAUACGCUUCAGAGAUACGCAACGAUACGGUCUAAAGAAGCGAUGUCGCUGAUCGAGAAACAGACGCAGGCGCUCUUUGGGAGACCGGACAUAAGGAUACUCGAGGACGGUAAGCUCGAUACAUCUAACGAUGAGGUUCUGUCUCUGAGCUUCUCGGGGCUUGCGAUGUUGGUUUUGGAAGCUGUGACUUUUGGGUCUUUCUUAUGGGACUCAGAAAGCUACGUUGAAUCCAAAUACCAUUUCCUCAAGGCUUAA